AUGGUCGACGGGGAGACAGCAUCUCCGACCUGGAAGUUUACACAGUGCUUUGGUGACAAGGGAGACGUAGAGGAUAUCACAGAAGCUGAUAUAAUAUCAACCGUCGAGUUUGAUCACACCGGUAACUAUCUAGCAACAGGUGAUAAAGGUGGCAGGGUGGUAUUAUUCGAGAGAAACGAAACGAAGAAAACAUGUGAAUAUAAAUUCCAUACUGAAUUUCAAUCCCAUGAACCCGAGUUCGACUACCUAAAAUCCCUCGAAAUCGAAGAAAAGAUCAACAAGAUCAAAUGGUGUAAGCGGCAGAAUGCUUCGCACUUCCUGCUGUCGACAAACGACAAGACUAUUAAACUUUGGAAGGUGUUUGAGAAGUCUCUCAAGGUUGUCGCCGAGAAUAACCUCUCGCAUGAUGGUGCAACUACUGCUGUUGGGGGUAUCCGGCAUCAUCUCCAACAGCCACCUCCGAUUUUCAAUAAUUCUACCGCCCUAAGACUACCAAGGCUCACUCACCAUGAUACGGUUGUUGCUGCAGUUCCCAGGAGGACCUAUGCAAAUGCUCAUGCGUAUCAUAUCAACAGUAUCUCUGUGAAUUCUGAUGGAGAGACCUUCAUUUCCAGUGAUGACCUGAGGAUUAACCUAUGGAACCUAAACAUCCAAGACCAGAGCUUCAAUAUCGUUGAUAUAAAACCAGCGAAUAUGGAGGAACUGACCGAGGUGAUCACCGCAGCAGAGUUUCAUCCGCAAUAUUGUAACUGGUUCAUGUAUGCCAGCAGCAAAGGGACCAUAAAGCUGGCUGAUAUGAGAGAAAGCGCGCUUUGCGAUCAACAUGUGAAGUUAUUCGAACAAGAAGAAGACCCAUCUUCCCGUUCCUUCUUCUCUGAGAUAAUUUCCUCCAUAUCCGACGUUCGUUUUUCCUCUGAUGGCCGAUAUAUCCUCUCGCGUGAUUACCUCACCGUGAAGAUCUGGGAUAUAAACAUGGAGAACAAGCCCGUCAAGACUAUUCCGAUCCAUGAGCACCUCAGACCACGACUCUGUGACACUUAUGAGAACGACUCUAUCUUCGACAAAUUUGAGGUUGUGUUUUCAGGGGAUGGCAAGAAUGUCAUGACCGGGUCCUACAACAAUAACUUUAUGAUUUAUCCUAGCGACCCUGAGAAAGAAGUCGAGGUGGUGUUGCAGGCAGAUAAGAGUGCCUUCAAGGCUAAAAAGGUGGGUGUGCCUACUCCCAUUAACGGUGGAAAGAAGGGGGGUUCGAGAGCAGGAAGUCCUGCUGCCGGUUCCGGUCCUGGAGGAAGAAUGAGGAAGGAAACAGAUGCAGACCAAAUUGAUUUCAACAAGAAAAUCUUACACAUGAGCUGGCAUCCAUUUGAGGAUUCGAUUGCUAUUGCAGCUACGAACAAUUUGUUUGUCUUUUCAGCAUUGUAG